GAGAGAGCGCGCUCUGUAGUCGGUGCUUCACCGUCAGGGGGACCGGACACACUUGUGCGUGUUAGUUAGUGUAGGCUGGCUGGUCGGUGCGGUUGUUUUAUUUGUUUUCUCGCUUCUGUAAAAUGGGAUUCUGACAGCAGCCGGCCUGCGGGCGCCGCCGGCUCCUCCUGACCGGAAAAUGAAGCGUCUCUGUCGGAAGCUGGCGGUGGCCGUGGCGGUGCUGGUGUGGCUGGGGGCGCUGGUUUACCUGCUGGUGCUGAGCCGGAGGAAGCUGCCGGAGCUCGGUACCGGAGCAGGAGCAGCAGCAGGAGGCGGAGGAGUAGCGGGAGGCGGAGAGACAGCGCUCAACCAGAUCUCUGAUGCCGAGUGGGAGGACAUGUUGGACGGCUUUGAUGAACGGGGUUACCUGAACGCUCGCCGCUGGAAGCCCGGUGACGACCCGUACACCCUGUACGCCUUCAAUCAGCGGGAGAGCGAACGCAUCCCCAGCAACCGUGCCCUGAGAGAUACACGGCACUACAGGUGCACGACUCUUCACUAUGACUCUGAUCUUCCUCCAACCUCCAUCAUCAUCACCUUCCACAACGAGGCCAGAUCCACCCUGCUGCGCACCAUCAGGAGCGUUUUGAACAGAACUCCAGUUCAUCUCAUCCAUGAGAUCAUUCUGGUGGAUGACUUCAGUGACGACGAAAGUGACUGCCAGCUUCUCACCAAACUUCCCAAAGUCAAAUGCAUUCGCAACAGCAGGAGAGAAGGUCUGAUCAGGUCCAGGGUGCGGGGGGCCGACGCCGCGAGGGCCGGGGUCCUCACCUUCCUGGACAGCCACUGCGAGGUCAACAAGGACUGGCUGCCCCCCCUGCUGCAGAGGAUCAAACAGGACCCAAGCCGCGUGGUCAGCCCGGUCAUCGACAUCAUCAACAUGGACACUUUUGCGUACGUGGCGGCCUCGGCUGAUCUCCGUGGAGGCUUUGACUGGAGUCUCCAUUUUAAGUGGGAGCAGCUGUCACCUGAACAGAGAGCUCGACGGACCGACCCGACCCAGCCAAUCAAGACUCCCAUCAUCGCAGGCGGGCUCUUUGUGAUCGACAGGUCCUGGUUCAAUCACCUCGGCAAAUACGACACCGCCAUGGACAUCUGGGGCGGGGAGAACUUCGAGAUCUCGUUCCGGGUGUGGCAGUGCGGCGGCAGCCUGGAGAUCCUCCCCUGCAGCAGAGUCGGUCACGUCUUCAGGAAGAAGCACCCGUACGUCUUCCCUGAGGGCAACGCCAACACAUACAUCAAGAACACACGUCGCACAGCUGAGGUGUGGAUGGACGAUUUCCGUCUCUUCUACUACUCCGCUCGCCCUGCAGCACGAGGGAAAUCCUACGGAGACAUCCAAGGCAGAGUGGAACUCCGCAAGAAGCUCAAGUGCAAAUCCUUUAAGUGGUACUUGGACAACGUCUACCCAGAGCUCAAGGUCCCAGACGACUCCGACUCUCAGUCCGGUGUGAUCAGACAGCGGCAGAACUGCCUGGAGUCCCGCAGGGUGGAGGGCCAGGAGCAGCCCGUCCUCACGCUGGCCCCCUGCACAGGGACAGACGGCGUCCCCGCCAUCAACCAGGAGUGGGUGUACACUCACGGGCAGCAGAUCCGACAGCAGCAGCUCUGUCUGUCUCUGUCCACCACCUUCCCCGCCUCCCAGGUCCUGCUGCUGCCCUGCAACAUGGCCGAUGGCAAGCAGCGGUGGCAGAAGUCGGGGACUCACCUGGAGCACCUCGUCUCCCGGUUCUGUCUGGACUCGGAGAUGGCUCUGGACGGCAUGGACUCCUCUCGAAUGCUGGUCAUCAGCCCCUGUGAACUGAGUGCGUACACACAGAGAUGGGACGUGCCCUUCUCAUGACCCCUUCAGGGCCGCUCAGAGUGGAGCUGCAGCCGAACGGAAAGUUCAUGAAGACCUUUUGAUGCUUCCUCGCUGUUCAUCGCGAGAACAAGUCGUGCGUGCAUCAACACGCUGCUAAACAAAAAGGCACAUCAGAGGCGUCCGGUUUGUUCUGUUUGGAGAUGUGUGUGUGUGUGUGUGUGUGUGUGUGUGUGUGUGUGUGUGUGUUUGGAGAAGAGCCGGACCAAGUGCACCUUAAAACCCUGACCUGUCAAGGAUUUGAGCUGGACGGAAACUUAUCAAAGAAUGUGUCGUGUAAUCUUUUGCAAUUAAAGUUUUAAAGGAUGUUCAAGAAUCUGGGAAUUAAAACCAAGCACAUUUUGAGUUUUUAGUUUUCUUUGUCACAUCACUGUGGUAAACAGGACAUGCGCAUAUAGCAGAGAUAAAGACAAAAGGGCUACAGGUGUUCCCUGACAGGCGCAGUGAGGACGGCCUGUGUGCAGCUUCUCAUUGCUCGCCCCCCGUGACGUGCUGCUGUGCUGCUGAGGACUUUUUACGUGUUGUUUCCCACGUGCUAACGUCGUCAAACUGGAGGAAAAGCUUCAGUCGCCCCAAACGCCCCCGUGACGCUCGUUAGCACCAGUCACGUUUCUGUUGGAGGAUCUUCACAAAAGCCACUGUGCAGGUGGAGGUUUAUGUUCCACACAAAGCGUCCACUCAGCGAUGGCCAGCAGUGACCAUUUGCCACUGUGUCACGUGACAAACUCCGACCAACCCCACCUACAGACCCACAAAUGAAAGGCAGCAGGUUUUUCAAAUGAAAAUGACAGUCAUGGAAACAAAUUCAGCACAGAUUGUGUCCCACUUUCCCGUUUGUUUGACACCACUGACUGCGUCACUUCGAUAUCCGGUUUCACUCCUGAAUGAAGGUUUUAUGACGGCUGCUUCAUGUUCACAUGCAGGAAUGCGGACAGAAAAGAAGCGCGCACAUGAUUUGAAAUCAAUAAAGCAGAAGUCAGCACAGAU